AUGUGGAAAGUAAAGGAAGUGAAGAGGAAAGGAAAGAAAAGAAAGAAAGGAAUCAAAAAGGAAAAGAAAGAAAGAAAGGAAGGUGAAAGGAAGGAAAAAGUAAGGAAACAAGAAAGGAAGAAAAUAAGAAAAGAAAUGAGAAAGGAAAAGGAAACGGAAGAAAUAGAAAUAAAAAAGGAAAAGGUAAUGGUAUUGGAAAAAGUAAGGAAACGGAAAGGAAAAGAAAGAAAGAAGGAAAGAAAACAGGAAGAGAAGAAAAAACAAAUGCGAAAAGUAAAGAAAGUGAAAAGGGAAAAGAAGAAAAUGGAGGUAAAAAGAAAAAGCAAUGAAAAAAGGAAAGGAAUUGGAAGUGGAAAAAGAAGGAAAAAAGAAAGGAAGGAAAUAAAACAAAAGUAAACGGUAAAAUUAAACUGGAAAAGUAAAGGAAAUGAAAAGGGAAAGAAAAUAGAAAGUAAAGAGGAAAGGGAAAUGGAAGUGUAAAAAGUAAGGAAAUUAAAGGAAAAUAAAACGAGAAAGGAAAGAAAACAGACAGAGAAGGAAAAAGUAAACAGAAAUGGGAAAAGGAAUGAAAAUGAAAAGGAAAAGGAAAAGAAAGAAAGGGAAAUUAGAAAGGAAAAGGUAGUGGAAGUGGAAAAAGUAAGGAAACGGAUUGGAAAAGUAAAAUUGAGAAAAGGAGGAAAGAAGACAGGAAGAAAAGUAAAAAUUAAACAAAUGGGAAAAGUAAAGGAAAUGAAAAGGAAAAGAAGAAACAUAAUGAAAAAGACAAGGGAAAAUAAAAAAAGGAAAUGUUACAGAAAACCAAAAGAUAAGGAAAGAAAAAGAUGUAACUGAAAUGAGAGUGGAAAUGGAAAAAAAAGGUAAGGAAACUAAAUGGAAACAGGAAAGAAAGAAAAAGGAAAUGGAAAACAAAGAAAAGGGGAACGUUCAGUCGGGAGCGCCAGACGGGACAGUGUGUUCAUCCUCACCUGACUGCUCUCAGCCCUCCUCUCUCUCCACCCAUAAUCCUGAUGGAAGCUUCCCGGCAGGUAAUCCCUAAUCUGGCCCAUGAGACACGCUAAGACUAUUCACUGGGAGAGCUGGAGAUGGGACUAGGCACUCGGGUGACAGUAAUCCCAUCACUGCGCUAAUGCACUUAACCUGAUAGCGCUCCGAGACGAGCACGAGGAGCAACAAGAAACCACAUCCAGUCACGAGCAACCCUAAAAAACACAAUACUGACAUCAGUCAAAAAACUCAAGUACAAACAAAAGGUGUUCAAAUCUCACAAAAACAACAAGGCGACUCUAGAAAUGGACGUCCCACAUUUCAGUUGAAAAGCCAAUCGCGACAUGCGUGACUGAAGAGCAACUGAACCAGUCUGAAAAAUAGUUUCUAGUGUGAUCUGAUCUGAUUUGGGAUUAUUAUUUAAACCAAAACUGUCUUGGAGACUUACACAAAUGACCUGUAUAGCUACGUCUCUUCUUGUAGACCAAGAUGGCCGCAGACCGGACUGACUUGCCUUGAAGAAACUUUGCGCCAAAUGAUCCUCAUAAGACUAUUAGUAAAAGUGAAGGGCCUUCAGAAUAUAAGAAUGUUUCAAAGAGUUCUUAUGACAAUAAUAUGACAGAUGUCAGGUCGCUGGGCUUCACACGCUGCAGGAAUUAGUUCCAGUGGCAGUGGAGAUUGCCAGAGUCGUCAGAUGUAUUUGGAGGCAUAACUAAAGUCUGGCAGUUCUUGGACGCACCUGCUGAUAAUGUGGAUGUCCGUCUGUAAUCCCUCAGUCUUAUAUUCCUCCCCUUCCCUGACGAGUCUCUGAGGUCCACAGCUUUAACUAAUUAAUAAGACACCCUUAAAAAGAAACCCUCUUCUUCUGUCUAUAGUCAC